AUGGCUGCAUUGAACGACAUCGAAGGACGCCUUGCUCUGGUCACCGGCGCCUCAAGCGGCAUUGGUGCAGCCUGUGCCCGCAGGCUCGCUAGCCGGAAUGUUCAUCUGGCAUUAACUUAUUCCAAAAAUUCGGAUGGCUUGAAUGCUGUUGUCAAGGGCAUCAAACAACCACAACCACCGUCGCCAUUCAAUCUCCACAUAUCUAUCCACCAAGUUGACGUUGGGCAAGCAGAGCAGAUCAACCGGCUAUUCGUUGAAAUUUCAGCCGAGCACGGUGGCCGCUUGCCCGACAUCCUUGUAUCCAAUGCCGGAUAUGGGGUAAAGAUACCUCAGAUAUGGGACAUCUCGUUGGAGGAAUUUGAUCAUACUAUCAACGUGAACUUACGAGCUUCUUUCAUCCUUGUCAAGGGCGUGGUUGAACAUAUGAAGGCGCAGCGAUGGGGUCGGAUCGUUUUCAUAUCUUCCAUUUCAGCCCAUGGAGGAGGAGUCAAUGGAUGCCAUUACGCUGCUUCUAAGGGAGGCAUGACGGGCAUGAUGAAGAACCUGGCAACUCGUUUGGCACAGUGCAAUAUCAGCGUGAAUGACGUUGCUCCGGCCAUGAUUGGAGGGACUGGGAUGAUACCUGAUGCUAGUGCAAUCCCAGAGGUCGCCGGGACCAUUCCACUAGGCCGACUCGGUACGCCGGAUGAGGUCGCCAACGUUGUCGAAAUGUGUGUGACUACUGGUUACUUGACUGGACAGAGCAUUCUUCUGGCUGGGGGACUCAAGUAG